AUUUAUAUGUUAAUUGCUGUAAAGGGUUACAACUGAAAAAAGAUCCAUUUCUUCAUUAUCUAAUGGGCAGCGUUUGAAGAAAUGUAUACAUUUUCACCGUGGAGUGGGGCAACAAUACAUGACUAGUGAGUUUAUCUUUUCGGCUUUUCCCGGUUAGGGGUCGCCACAGCGGUACUCCGGUCCGCUAAUGAUUGUCAGUAGAUUUUUUGAGUACAAAACGAAAAUCUGUGGCUACAUCCCAAAGCACAAUGCCCUACAUUUUCAUAUAAAAGAAAUCUGUGGUGCAUUUUUUAUUUUACACACUGUGGGUCGCUGUAUGACAGCAGGUCAAGUAUUUCCCCUCCACAAUUGUUUUUGUGCUCAAUCAGACCCUUAAGUCCGACUGUCAGAAUGCAAUAACCGUGGGCAGUAUUGCACGGCAGUCACUCGGCUCGUACAGACUUACAAACUUUCCUUUAAACCCGGAGGGCUGUGUUUUCUGUUUAUUUGAAUUAUUUGUGUCGAGAUGGACAGCGCAAUCAGGUAUGGCUGGUGGCGUGUUGGUCAGUACUUAUUUGUAUUCUCAUUUUAUUCACUUCAAUGCUUAUCCUCGGGAAUAAUACACUACUCGAUUCCGGAAGAAGUAGAAAGAGGCUCUUUUGUUGGGCAUAUUGCAACCGAUGUGGGCAUACCUCUGGAAGAUGUAAUACCUCGCCGGUUCCGUGUUACCGCAACGGCCAAGAAUCGUUUCUUCAGUGUUAAUUUGGACACCGGGGACCUUUACGUAACAGAAAGAAUAGACAGGGAGCACAUAUGUGGAAAAAUGCCUGUAUGUCUCUUGGCAUUUGAGGCUGUUGCUGAAAAUCCAUUGCAGGUAUUUGCAGGAGAGGUUGAAAUUCAGGACAUCAAUGACAAUCCCCCGGUGUUCCUUCCUGAUGAAAUUAAAUUAAGCAUCAGUGAGCUGACAUAUCCAGGAGCCCGUUUCCCUCUUGGGCAAGCGGAAGACACCGACACUGGAACAAAUGCAGCUCUUCAUUAUGAGUUGAAACCAACUGAAUAUUUUAAUUUACUUGUAAUGGGUAGUGGAAGCAGCCAGUACAUAGAGCUUGUUCUAAAUAAGACUUUGGAUCAUGAGAAAAUAAAUGAACAUUCCUUGGUCCUUACAAUAAAAGAUCAAGGGGUUCCUAAGAGAUCUGGUACUGCGCAAAUACAGAUCAACGUUGUGGACGUGAAUGAUAACAUACCAGUAUUUAGUCAAAAAGUCUACAGGUCUAAUCUGAAAGAAAAUAUGCCCAAAGGUACAUUGGUUGUUAAAGUAAGUGCCACUGACGGUGAUGGAGGAUCACACGGAGAGGUAAGGUACACUUUUAAAAAAAUAACAGACACAGCACGUUCUUUGUUUAAAUUGCACCCUGUUACUGGGGACAUAAUCUUAGAUGGGGUUCCUGACUUUGAGGAAGCAGAACGGUUUGAAAUAACUGUUGAGGCUAAAGAUGGUGGCGGACUGACUGCACUCUGUGAGGUGUUUGUUGAAAUUGUUGAUCAGAACGAUAACGCACCUCAGAUAACGAUUUCCCCUGUUGUUAGUGAACUUUCAGAAGAUUCAUUACCUGGCAUCAUUAUUGCGUUUGUAAACGUUGUUGAUCUGGAUUCCAGUGAAAAUGGAGAAGUUGUCUGUAAUGUGCAAGAAUAUGUUCCAUUUAAACUAUUGCCAUCAUUCAAAAAUUACUAUACAUUGGAGUUAAAUGGUUCCCUCGACAGAGAAGAGGUCCCUGAGUACAAUAUAACAAUUAUAGCUGUUGAUAAAGGCUCUCCACCUCUUUCAACUCUCAAAAUCCUCUACCUUCGGAUUUCUGAUAUAAACGACAACCCACCUCUGUUUUCUAAGGGAGAAUAUCAUGCAUAUGUAACUGAAAAUAAUCCAGUAGGAUACGUAAUCCAUACUGUCGAGGCAAAAGACGCUGACUGGAGCCAAAAUGCUCAUAUUACUUAUUCCAUUGCACCAAGUCAUGCAGGGUACUCUUUAAUCUCAUCUUGUGUAUCUAUUAACCCAGACAAUGGUAACAUUUAUGCUUUGCGUUCCUUUGAUUAUGAGGCAUUCAGGGACUUUCAGGUCAUGGUUAAAGCGGUUGAUGGUGGUUCACCAUCACUCAGUACCAACGUCACGGUAAACAUCUUUAUUCAAGAUGAGAAUGACAAUAUUCCUAAAAUCUUAUACCCAUUGCCAAGUGAUGAAACUUCUACAGGCAUUGAGGUAGUGCCCCCUCUAGCAGAAACAAAUUAUCUUGUGACUAAAGUGGUAGCAGUGGAUGCUGACUCUGGACAGAAUGCUUGGCUUUCUUAUCAGCUAUUAAGAGCGACAGAUGCCAACCUUUUCAAAGUAGGAUAUCACACUGGCGAAAUUAGGACAUCCGGUUCAGUUCUAGCAAAAGAACCAUCUAAACAAACUCUUUUUAUUCUAGUGAAAGACAAUGGACAGCCACCCCAUUCCUCCACAGCCACUGUCACUGUAUUUAUAGCAGAUAGCAUACCUCAAUCUCUUUUGGAUACCAGCAGCUCUUCAGAAAAUAGAGACCAAGACUCAAAUAUAACCCUAUAUUUGGUGAUAUCUGUAAUUUCUGUGUCUGCUUUGUUUCUUUGUUUCAUUGUAAUUAUAGUUAUCAUCAAAGUCCAGAGAUGGAGACAGUCAUCUUUGCUUCAGACAUCAUUUGUAGACUACAACUUUCAGCCUUCAAACUAUGAAGAAGUACAAUCUAAAGGACUUGGCCAUACACCUUACAUCCAUGAGGUUUGCUUAACUUCUAAUCCUGGUAGGACUGAGUUUCAGUUUAUGAGGCCUCUCCUAACAGAUACAAUGGCAGGUAAAAUAGCUACUGGCACUAACAGAUUAGAGCUGUAUCCAAAUGAUGCUCUUUAUGCAGACAGUAAUGCUGUCUCCCAGGAACCUUGCUCUUGUUAAUCUUGAAAACCAGUUCAUUAUGCUAGAAUCCCCAAAUAAGAAGUGGGUAUCAGAAAAUGACCGACUGAAUGAAUGAUUUAUGCACAUUGUGACAACCAUUCAGUAAAUAUUCUUAUUUCAUUUUCUAGUCAAAUAAAGUUAAAGUAUUUUA